CUCAUUUUCUCACUGCUUAACUUUCUCUCUCUACUGUGAGCUAACCUAGCCAUGGAUCGCAGCACCGCCUUAACAUUCGCAUUCAUCUGCAUUAUCGUCGCCGGCGUCGGCGGCCAAGCUCCGGCCGCUGCCCCCACUAAAUCCCCCGCCACUCCCGCCCCCACCACCACACCCGCCGCCGCUCCCUCCAAGCCCAAAUCCCCAGCUCCAGUCGCCACACCCGCCGCAACCCCAACCGCCACUCCACCUACACCCGUCGCCGCCGCUCCAGCUCCGGUAGCCACUCCUCCCGCCGCAUCUCCCCCGGCUACAGCUCCGGUCAGCUCACCUCCCGCCAAAUCUCCACCCACCGCUGCUCCCACACCCGCCGUCGUGCCCGUAGCACCGGUUUCUCCUCCCGCCACCACACCUGUGGCCUCUGCUCCUGCUCCGAGCACUAAGCCUGAAGCUCCUUCAGCCGCUCCCGGCCCCGCUAUUCUCGGACCACCUGCACCGCCAUCUGAGGCUCCCGCCGCUGAGGGUCCCUCCGGCGCCUUGUCUCCCGGUCCUUCAGGCUCCGCAGCCGAUGAGAGUGGAGCAGAGAAGGUGGUGGUUGGAUCCAUUGCGUUGGGAUGGGGUUUGAUCAUGGCUUUGUUGUUCUAGAGAGGAAGAAGAAGAAGAAGAUGAGGAGGAGGACAGAGAUGUUGUUGUAAUGUUUGUCCUUUAUUAUUUUAAUCUUUUUUGUUACCUUGUUCUGUCCAUUGUUACAAACCCCUAGGAUUGGAUAUUUAUUUACCAUUUGUUAUUUCGAUUGAAUUAUUAUUAUUU